AUGUCUCUUCCAAGACCCAGUAGUGAAGAUAAAGCUCCUUCUCAGCUUAAAGAAGGAGCAGCAGCAGCAACUUCUGCAUCAACACCAGCACCAGCCUCAUCCUCUUCUUCAUGGAACAGGCUUCACGCCUUCCCUCCUUUAAAUCUUCAUAACAAGAGUAGCAAAAUUGAAGACAGUGAUGAAGACAUGUUCACAGUUCCAGAUGUGGAGGCCACACCCAAUCCUCUUCAUUCUGCACUCACUCUUCCCAACAACCUUAAUCAGCGUAACGUCGGAGAUCCUCAGUUUCAAACUGGUUUCCCUGGAAAGCGCCGCCGGGGAAGAAACCCCGCAGAUAAGGAACAUAGACGCCUCAAAAGGUUGUUGCGAAAUAGGGUUUCUGCACAACAAGCCCGAGAAAGAAAGAAGGUUUAUGUGAAUGACUUGGAAUCAAGAGCGAAAGAGUUGCAAGAUAAAAACGCCAUCUUGGAAGAACGUAUCUCUACUUUGAUCAAUGAGAACACCAUGCUUAGGAAGGUUCUUAUGAAUGCAAGGCCAAAAGUUGAUGAUAGCAUUGAACAAAAGCAAGAGCAGUUAAGUAAGAGCUAA